AAACACUGAUAUAAAUAUUCGUAAUAAAUAAAUUUCUAGUCUAAACACAAAAAACUAACCAACGCAUUCUAAAUUCAAAUUAAAGCUGUUGUUGCUAUGACAACGUUUUUGAUUACAGUAAACAAUUUACCUUCGUGAAUAAAGUAUUUCUAUAACAACAAUAUUUUACUUUUUUAUUUAAAAACAAUGGUUUGAUUUUGAAGCGAACAAUUUAAACACUGUGAGCUGAAACAAACACCAUGGGUGAAGUUAAAGAAGAUAUUGAUACUCGACUUGAGUUUAUAAGUGAAUACUUGCUGAAGACUCUCAAACAGAAAAUAGAGAAAUGGGCUAAGUUCAUAACUGGCGAUGAGAGGCACAUAUUGGUUAGAUUCUUCGACACGCCGAAGUAUGAAGUGUUGGUGUUUCGUAUGAACACGGCUGGAUUGAUAACAUGUUCCCUUACAUUUCCGCCUAUCAGCAGGGGCAAAGUCGUGUACUUCCUAAGGAAUGUUAAUGAGAAAAUAACGCAGGCUAACUUUCGCCAGGCCAUAACUAUGGGCGAAAUCUCCGGAAACAUAUUGAUGGACCUUGGGGUAAUGGCAGACGAGGUGAUAGGUCCCCUGUUGUGUAAUCCUGAAAAUCAAAAAGGCUGGCCUAAAAUAGUGCAAAACGAUAUGAAGAGACACGUAAUCGAACUGAGGAACUUGAUGCAUCAGUUAAAAGGCGAAAUGGCUAGUCAAGUCAUGUUGCCAAUGCCGGCCGGAGUAGAGACUAUAUUUCAUGCUGAAAAUAGGCUCAAAGAAAGUGAUGGGGAAGACGUGGAUUUGUAUCUAAAGACGAACAUCGAAGGAGCUGUGAUCAAGUGGGCUCAGCAAGUUCACGAUCUAUUGGCAGAGGAUUCUUAUAUUGCAUUCAAAAGAACACAGUUCCCAUUGCCGAGCGCUGAUAUUAACUUCUACGCACAACGGCUGAAGAAUCUCGAAGGCAUAUAUUCCCAGCUUCGAGACCCGCGCGUCAAGAGAAUGGCGCACUACUUGGAGGACACCCACAGCGUCUACCUGAGCUGCUUUAAAACUAUGCUGACUAAUGUUGUGGCUGCGAUUGUGGAAUGCCGAGAUAUUUACGUAUACCAGAAACCUUUGAUACCCCAUUUUGAAUCGUUUGAAGGUACAGAAUUUGUUGAUGCUAAAAACUUGAUCAGACCAAUGUUUCACUGCAUCGGUUUGCUCUGGGGGAACUCAAGGUACUUCUGUAGCGUCGAAAAACUUAUUCCUUUGUUACGAGAAAUGUGCAAUCUAGUAAUUGUGCAGAGCUCAAACUGCAUUGACCCUCCUUCUAUAUUCCAAGGAGAGCCCGAUGAACAGUUGUUCAAAAUAAGGAAGUCCUUGCAUAUUUUAAACCAUUUCAUUGAUACAUACGCGAUGAAUCGUGAUAAGGUGCAUACAUUCUUCCCCCCGGGCGUGAUGCCAGUGCACUGGUCCUUCGACUUCGACCGCGUGUUCAUGCGCUUCAACAUUUACAUGAAUCGCCUUAAAAUGCUGGAAUCUAUAUUGGAAUCCACCGUCGAAAUUAUGAAACUGGAAAAGGUUGAAUUUUGCGGUUUAAGAGGCAAGUUAUUGAGCACUGAAUGCAUGAAGGUUCUGGAUGAUUAUACAAUGCAAUACAACAACCUCGGUAACAUUCAGUACGACCCAGCCGACCCGGAAGACGACUCGUUUGUAGAAGAUUAUAAAAAGCAUAUGGAUGUGCUUGAAGACACAGAUCGACGUCUCGCUUCGCUUUUCUCGCAAGGACUCGAUGAGUGCCAUAAUUUGGAACACUUCUUUAAGUUUUUCCAAAUUAUAGGUGAUCUAUUUCACCGACCAAUAAUAAAAGCUGAAUUGAAACCUAAAUUGCCUAGGUUACUCGAUUUCAUGCAUGCCAAUUUGGACGCCGUUAAGGAAAUUUUCGACGAAGAGAUGGCGAAAAUAACCAAAGGACCCGAAAGACCAAUGGUAGAUCCUUAUCUCCCACCUGUAGCUGGUCUAAUUUGGUGGGUCCAUAAAUUGCGCAGGAGAAUCCAGGCACCUAUGGAAGAUUUUAUCAUGUUUGAAGACCCCAUUAUAGAAUCGGAGUACGCUAUGUAUAUGAAACAGAAAGCCAACGAGAUGUUGGGUUAUCUGAAUGUGGUGGAGGAUAAGCAGUUCAAAGCAUGGUGCGGCACUGUUCCUACUAUCUGCAAGACGCAUUUGGCUAAAAACUUAAUAUACAGAGAUCCACCUUUUGUUAGAAAUAACUUUAGCCCUGAGCUAACGAUGUUGCUACGCGAAAUACGCUACAUGAAAUACUUGGACAAGCAGGGUAUACCGCAAGAUGGACUAGAUUUGUACGCCAGAAAUGAAAAGUUACAGUAUGAUAUGAACCGGCUGAACCGAGCAAUCGCUUGGUACAACGCAAUUCGCGAGGGCAGUCAUGAAACUGAGGUCGCUCUUAUCGAGAAAGAGAUUUCUGCAAUCGACAAGUUACUCGGUCGAGGAGUUGAAGAACUCACGUGGAAUGAUGACUUUACGGAUUGGAUGGCCGAAGUAUAUACUGCUAUAAACACUCUGCAACAGCGCGUGCUGACGGCACAGAAUAAUGUGAAGCGUGGACUCACGAACAUCGCGGCUUGGGGCGACAUCCCGCUGCACAACCGCAAAGAGAAUCCCGACAAAAAGGAGCUGCUAGCUGUUAAUGAACGACAUCCCAGAUUCGUAGCACGGAGAAACAGGAUCCUCAAAAGCCAUGAAGAAUUUCAAGAAAUUUUACAAGACAAUUAUAAACUUUUCUUCAAUAUACAUGAUGACGAAGAGGAUCAAUCAGAGGAAGAAGUUUUGGAGGAAGUAGAUGAAGCUACUUUAGAUGAAGAAGAAAAGGCAGCGCGGGCACAAAAGCUUUUAGAAAUUGAACAACGUCGAGAAGCGAGACGUUUGUCUCGAAUUGAGAGAGAAAGGGUAAAGGCGGAGCAGAAUGAAAUUAAGUUCCAAAGAAGGGAGGCAAGGAGACUGAAGAGAGAAACUAAAGAGCAGGAAAGGGCAGAGAGGCAAGCGCGGAGAGAUGCAGGGGAAGAUGUGGAUUCUCCCGUGGAAGACGUUGAAGAGAUAACGGACCCAGAGGAGCUCGCCGACAUAGAGGAGGAGAGAGCAGAACUAGAGAUAGAGGCUUUUAGAGCCGAGCGAUGGCCUGCAUACGUGAAAUAUGUUGACUCACUGGUUUCGCGUCAGGUGAUGAAAGCUGUGCAAUCUAGUUUAGAUUUGUUCGAGAGACAGACUGACCUGGAAAAAGGUCCAAGGAUGGCAUUCAUGGAAGUUAUUGCAGAACUUAGAGAUCCGGAUAUUUUCUUUACGCCGUCACUAGAUGUGGAAGAACCAGAUGGAUUGUUUGAUACUCUAAAAGAAAUGAUGAAAGACAUGUUCCUACAAACAACACUUUUUCCUAGAAUAGAUCCUAUUGUUCCUAUCGCUUCUUAUGAAGACGAUUUGGUGGGCCAAGAUGCUAUGAUUGAUAUGUAUCAUGACAUUUUGAAGCGUAUAGAAAACAGUAUCAACGACAUAGUACAGUAUUCGUCGAAAUAUGAAAAAUAUACCCCCUUGUGGCAUGAAGACCGCCAGGAAGUAUUAGCAGCAUUUUUAAAGUACGGCCGUUUUAUUCCUCCUGAGGAAUUUGACAAGUAUAGAUAUGAGAAUGGAUGUGAUCCUCCUGAAGUGAAACCUAAGCUUGAACAGUAUCAAGCUGAGAUUGACAAGUAUAACGCAUUAUACGAUGAAGUGGCGUCGCUGCCUUCCGAAUACCUUUGCAAUGGAUGGUUAAGACUAGAUCUUAAGCGCCUAAACCAAGCGAUUAUGAAUAUUAUUUGCAAAUGGAGCAAUCUCUACAAAGAAAACUUGAAAGACCACGUACAGAAGAGCUUGAAUGAUCUCGAGAAGUUCAUCGCUUACGCAACAAAAGAGUUGUCAGUGGAACUGGGAGACGAUGACUACGACGGCCUGUUGAAGGUAAUGGGUGUGCUGAACGAGGUGCGAGCCAAGAUGGACGCCGGCACCGACCAGAUGUUCGAGCCGCUCCGGGACAUCAUCGACGUACUCAAGGAGUAUGGCGUUGAUUUCCCCGAAGAGACUUACGACCAGUUGGACGUGUUACCCGAGAAGUGGCGUAACUUGGUGAAACAAGCUACAGUGAUGAAGAACACAGUGGCUCCGUUACAGGCUGCUCAAGCAGCGCUCAUCGCCAAGCGGGUCGCGCUCAUCAAUCUGAGACUUAGCAUGUACAGAGAACAGUUCAAGAAUAAAGAGAUGUUCUUGAUGGCGUGCAAAGAGCCGUACAGAAGUAUCGACAAGGUUCAUCUAGAGCUGGUAGGUUUUGAAGAACUAUUGGAAGGCUUGAAGAAGUCGUGUGGUCUAUUUGAUAUACAACCUCCUGAUGAAAAGAAUCUUAAAAUGUGUCGCCGUGAAUUGAAACUAGUCAAGCAACUGUGGGAUUACUACUACUUGGUGAUGGGAACUAUCGAGUUCUGGAAGAAGUCACCGUGGAAGAAGAUCGAUGCGGAUGGCAUGGACCAAGAAUGCAAGCGGUUCACCAAGGAUUUGCGACAGCUCGACAAAGACAUGAGAGCAUGGGAACCAUACGCUGUUAUUGAAUCGACAAUUAAGAAUUUGAUGACAUCGCUACGAGCAGUUACUGAUCUGCAGAAUCCAGCCAUCAAGGAUAGACAUUGGUUAGAGCUUAUGAUGGCGACCAAGGUUAAGUUCCAUAUCGAUGAUGACACAACACUAGCAGACUUACUUGCUCUUAAUCUGCACAAGUAUGAAGAAGAAGUGAAGACAAUCGUUGACAAGUCUGUUAAAGAAGCUGCUAUGGAGAAAACCCUUAAGGAACUGGAGGCUACCUGGUCUGUCAUGGAGUUCAAUUACAUGGCACAUGCUAGAACUGGAAUUAAACUGCCGAGGGCAAGUGAAGAGCUUGUAGAAACUCUUGAAGAUAACCAGAAUCAAGUACAAAAUAUGAUGUCGUCUAAAUUCGUUGGAUUCUUCGAGAUGGAGGUAACAGAUUGGCAGAGGAAGCUUGGCACCGCAGACGCUGUUAUAUCGCUCUGGUUUGAAGUCCAACGUAAAUGGCAGUACUUGGAAAGUAUUUUCGUGGGAUCGGACGAUAUUCGUUCACAAUUGCCCGAGGAUUCGCAAAGAUUUGACACAGUUGAUAAAGCGUUUAAAGUAUUACUCAAAGAUAUGGAGCAAACUCCAAACGUAAUUCAGGCGACCAACAAACCGGGGUUAUUGGAGAGUCUUGAAGAGCUGAUGGAAUCACUGAAUCUCUGCGAAAAGGCGCUCAACGAUUAUCUCGAGACGAAGAGAUUGGCGUAUCCACGAUUUUAUUUCGUAUCCUCGGCUGAUUUGCUCGAUAUUUUGUCAAACGGAAACAAUCCUCCCGCUGUGUGCCGCCAUCUGACCAAACUAUACGACAAUCUUGCAAAGCUGGUCUUUCCCAAUGAAACCAGCAAGCAAGCGUUCGAGAUGAUAUCCAAGGAGAACGAAGAACACGUUCCUUUCAAAGCACCUUGUUGCGAUUGUUCUGGAAAGGUUGAAACCUGGUUGAACAGAGUAACAGACUGUAUGAGGUACACACUACGCGACAUUUUUGAGCACUCUGUUAAGUCUUAUGAGGAUAAACCUCGUGAUGAAUGGGUAUUCGACUGGCCUGCCCAACCUGCUCUAGUAGGCACUCAGAUCUGGUGGACUUCGGAAACUAAUCAGGCCUUUGAGAAGCUUGAAGAAGGAUAUGAAAAUGCACUAAAAGAUUAUCAAAAGAAGCAAAUCGCUCAGCUGAGUGCUCUGAUUAUGUUGCUAUUGGGAGAUCUGACUGUAGGAGACCGACAAAAGAUCAUGACUAUCUGUACCAUCGAUGUGCACUCACGAGACGUUGUCGCCAAACUCAUCGUGGCGAAGGUUGAGACCUCAAACGCUUUUCAGUGGCAGAGUCAGUUAAGACAUCGCUGGGAUACCACUUUGGGGAACUGUUUUGCUAACAUUUGUGAUGCUCAAUUUCUUUACGAUUAUGAGUACUUAGGAAAUACGCCUCGACUUGUGAUCACUCCUUUGACCGAUCGUUGUUAUAUUACAUUAACACAGAGUUUGCAUUUAAUCAUGGGAGGUGCUCCCGCCGGGCCAGCUGGUACCGGUAAGACGGAGACUACCAAAGAUUUGGGCAGAGCAUUGGGCAUAAUGGUAUACGUGUUCAAUUGCUCUGAACAGAUGGAUUACAAGUCUUGCGGAAACAUUUACAAAGGCCUUUGUCAAACUGGAGCCUGGGGUUGCUUUGACGAGUUCAACAGAAUUUCAGUUGAGGUGUUGUCCGUCGUAUCAGUGCAGGUCAAAAGUGUGUUAGACGCUAUAAAAGCCAAGAAAAAGAAGUUCGACUUUAUGGGAGAGUACAUUUUGCUUAUCCCAACCAUUGGUAUGUUCAUCACCAUGAAUCCCGGAUACGCGGGGAGAACGGAACUGCCCGAGAACUUGAAAGCACUAUUUAGGCCUUGUGCUAUGGUGGUACCGGAUUUCGAGUUGAUUUGCGAGAUCAUGUUAGUGGCGGAAGGUUUCCAAGACGCGCGUCUGCUAGCGCGCAAAUUUAUCACACUGUAUAUGUUGUGUCGCGAGUUGCUGUCCAAGCAAGAUCACUACGAUUGGGGUCUUAGGGCCAUCAAAUCUGUCUUGGUCGUCGCUGGAUCCCUUAAGCGAGGUGAUCGCCAAAGACCAGAGGAUCAAGUCUUGAUGAGAGCUUUGAGAGAUUUUAAUAUUCCAAAAAUCGUGACAGAUGACACUCCUGUGUUCAUGGGUCUGAUCGGUGAUUUGUUUCCCGCACUUGACGUACCCAGAAAACGGGACAUGGACUUUGAGAAACAUCUGAUUGAUGGUGCAAUUUCAAUGAAACUUCAGCCUGAACCUGGUUUCAUAUUAAAGAUGGUGCAACUAGUAGAAUUGUUUGCGGUAAGACAUUCAGUCUUUAUCGUUGGAUUUGCGGGAACUGGGAAAUCUAUGGUUUGGCAGUGUCUCAACAGAACUUACUAUAUGCUGAAACAGAAGCCAUUUUACAAUGACCUAGAUCCUAAAGCUGUGACGAAUGAUGAGUUGUUCGGUAUCAUUAAUCCUGCUACACGAGAGUGGAAGGAUGGCUUGUUCUCAACUAUCAUGCGUGACAUGGCUAAUAUGCCGGGGGAUGGCCCAAAGUGGAUUGUACUCGACGGGGACAUUGAUCCUAUGUGGAUCGAAAGUUUAAACACUUUGAUGGACGAUAAUAAAGUAUUGACGUUGGCGAGUAAUGAACGUAUCGCUUUGACCAAGUCAAUGCGACUGCUCAUGGAGAUUUCAAACUUGAGGACAGCCACACCAGCCACGGUGUCUCGGGCUGGUAUCUUAUACAUUAACCCUCAGGACUUAGGAUGGAAUCCAUUUGUGGCAUCGUGGAUAGACACCACUCGGGACGACGAAUCAGAAAAGGCCAUGUUGACCGUCAUGUUCGAUAAGUACAUACCGUCAUUGUUGGAGUCUUGUAAGAAGUACAAGCGGAUUACUCCGCUAACGGAACUGCAGCAAAUACAAUUGAGUUGCUAUCUACUGGAGUGUUUCUUAAAUAAGACUUUAUUGCCUAGUGAUUGUCCGAAGGAUUGGUACGAAACUUAUUUCGUGUUUGCGGUCGUGUGGGGCUUUGGCUCUGCUCUAUUUCAAGAUCAGCUGGUUGACUGGCGCAACGAGUUUAGCAAAUGGUUCUGUAAUGAAUUUAAGACGAUCAAAUUCCCAUCCACGGGCAACGUGUUCAGUUUCUUCAUAGAUCCAGAAACUAAAAAGUUCUUACCAUGGUCCGAGAAAAUAGAGAAUUUUGAACUGGAUCCGGACUUGCCUCUGCAGUCCUGCUUAGUGUCGACAUCGGAAACAACCCGUACCAGGUUCUUUAUGGAUAUGUUGAUAACGAAGACUAAACCAGUGAUGUUGGUGGGGAGUGCUGGAAGUGGCAAGACGGUGAGCGUGUCAGCGAAACUUAACUCCUUGCCGGAUUCUUAUGCUGUUACCAAUGUGCCACUUAACUUCUAUACUACAUCAGAAAUGUUACAAAAAGUGUUGGAGAAACCGCUGGAGAAGAAAUCGGGCAGAAACUUCGGUCCACCGGGCAGCAAGUUUAUGAUAUACUUUGUGGACGACAUGAAUAUGCCCGAAGUAGACACGUAUGGCACUGUGCAGCCACACACACUGAUCAGACAGUUUAUGGACUAUAAGCAUUGGUACGACAGACAAAAGUUGACGCUUAAGGAUAUUUCAAAUUGCAUGUUUGUGGCUUGCAUGAACCCCACUGCUGGCUCAUUUACGAUCGACUCUCGUUUACAGCGGCAUUUCUGCACAUUUGCUGUCAGUUUUCCAGGUCACGACGCUUGUCAUCACAUUUACAAGCAGAUUCUAUCACAACACAUGGGUACAUCAGCAAAUAAGUUUGCUAUGCACGUCCAACGGUACGCCGAGAAUCUUGUGAACUUAGCCUUGGCGCUGCACAGCAAACUGUCGAGCACGUUCUUACCCACGGCUAUCAAAUUCCACUACAUAUUCAACUUGCGGGAUCUCUCUAAUAUAUUCCAGGGAAUGUUAUUCACAACUGGUGAUGCGAUCAAGACAUCGUCGGAUCUCAUUCGAUUGUGGAUGCACGAGGCGACGCGAGUGUACUCCGACAAAUUGGUUGACGACAACGAUAACGACGUAUUCGCAAAACUUAUCGUAGAAAUGAUUAAGAAGCAUUGUGAGGACUAUGACGAAAACGUGGUGUUUGAAAAGCCGCUCAUCUAUUGCCACUUUGCUGAGGGCGUAGGGGACCCCAAAUAUUUCCCCAUCAGAGACUGGAACCAUAUCAAGAAGCUUUUAGACGAAUCGCUGUCAGCUUACAAUGACCUCGUGGCUUCUAUGAACCUGGUGCUGUUUGAGGAUGCCAUGUAUCAUAUAUGCAGGAUUAAUCGGAUCCUGGAGGCACCUCGAGGAAAUGCGUUACUAGUUGGCGUGGGAGGCUCGGGAAAGCAGUCCUUAUCCCGUCUGUCUGCCUUUAUCUCUUCACUGGAAGUCUUUCAAAUACAGCUUAGAAAAGGAUACAGCAUUAAUGAUCUCAAAGUCGAUUUGGCUGGCUUGAACAUGAAGGCAGGAUUGAAGAACAUAGGCUGCGUGUUCCUGAUGACGGACGCUCAGGUCGCUGAAGAGAGAUUCCUGGUGCUCAUCAAUGAUUUACUUGCGUCCGGUGAAAUUCCCGAACUGUUCGCAGACGAUGAACUUGAAAAUAUCAUAAAUGGUGUCAGAGGAGAGACUAAAGCAACUGGAAUACCUGAUACGCGAGAGAAUUGCUGGAGGUUCUUCAUCAAUCGUGUUCGGACAAUGCUAAAGGUGGUGUUGUGUUUCUCGCCAGUGGGUGCGACGCUACGUGUGCGAGCUCGUAAAUUCCCGUCGAUUGUAAACUGCACGGCGAUCGACUGGUUCCACGCCUGGCCGCAGGAAGCGUUGCGCUCCGUCUCCAAGCGAUUCAUCGCGGAAGUCGAGUCCUUACCGGAGUUCCUUGUAGAGCCGGUGUCCGUAUUCAUGUCUCAUGUGCAUCAAAGUGUAAAUCACAUGUCGGAAGUUUACUUCCAAAACGAGAGGCGAUACAACUACACGACUCCAAAGACUUUCCUUGAACAAAUCGCACUUUACAGCAAAUUGUUGAAUGAAAAGACAAAGAAUCUCAAAAUGAUGAUUAUAAGGCUGGAGAAUGGCUUAGAGAAGUUGGCGUCAUGUGCUGGUGAUGUCGCUGUGUUAAAGGUUACUCUUGCUGAACAAGAAAUUAUAUUAAAAGAGAAAAACAAAGCUGCAGAAGCACUUAUUGAAGUUGUGGGAGCAGAGAGUGAAAAAGUAUCUAAAGAGAAGGCGUUUGCUGCCGAAGAGGAAAAGAAAGUAAAGGUCAUUGAAGAGGACGUCACGAUAAAAGCUAAGAUUUGCGCGGACGACUUAGCCAAGGCCGAGCCGGCUCUCAUAGCGGCUCAGGAGGCGCUCAACACUCUGAACAAGAACAACUUGACUGAGCUCAAGUCCUUCGGGUCGCCUCCCGAUGCCGUCGUCAACGUAUGUGCGGCCGUGCUCGUACUGAUGUCCAAGAAAGGCAAGCUGCCGAAGGAUAGGUCCUGGAAAGGAUGCAAACUUAUGAUGGCCAAAGUGGAUCAAUUUUUGAACGAUUUAGUUUACUACGAUAAAGAAAAUAUUCACCCGGACGUAGUUAAGGCGGUACAACCUUACAUUAAGAACCCGGAGUUCAAUCCAGAGUUCAUAAUGUCGAAGUCGGCGGCGGCGGCCGGUUUGUGCGCGUGGGUCAUCAACAUCGUCAAGUUCUACGAUGUGUACGUGGUGGUCGAGCCCAAGCGGCGCGCGCUCAAUGCUGCUAAUGCUGAGCUACAGGCCGCCAGGGACAAGCUUGCCUUCUUGACGGACCAGAUCACUGAACUAGAAGAAAAAUUGGAAGGUUUGCUCAAAGCAUUCCAGGAAGCAGUAAACGAAAAAAUGAAAUGUCAAGCAGAGGCUGAUGCCACUAACGCUACUAUUGAUCUGGCUAACAGACUGGUGAACGGUUUAGCGUCAGAGAAGAUCAGAUGGUCAGCGACGGUAGUCAACCUGAAGGAGUCUGGUGUAAUGUUGCCGGGAGACGUGCUGCUCAUCACCGCCUUCAUUUCCUACGUCGGCUGUUUCAUGCGCCAAUAUCGACAAGAGCUGAUCAACGAAGACUGGGUGCCGACGCUCGCCAAGUCUAAUCCUAAAAUUGAGACUACUGAGGGCCUGGACCCACUGUCCAUGCUGACAGACGACGCGCAGGUUGCCUCGUGGAACAACGAGGGUCUGCCCACCGACACCAUGAGCACGGAGAACGCCACCAUCCUCACCAACUCCGCGCGCUGGCCGCUCAUGAUCGACCCGCAGCUGCAAGGAAUAAAGUGGAUUAAAUCAAAGUACGGUGAUGCACUCGUGGUGGUACGUUUGACGCAACGCAACUACUUGGACCGCAUCGAACGAGGAGUCAGUAAUGGGGAAGUGGUGAUUCUCGAGAAUAUCGGGGAGACUGUAGACGCAGUACUGGAGCCUUUGCUUGGCAGAGUGCUCAUACGCAAGGGGAAAGUGCUCAAGAUUGGUGACAGAGAAAUUGAUUACCACCCGAACUUCAGAUUUAUACUACAAACUAAAUUAGCCAACCCCCACUACCAACCCGAGAUGCAAGCGCAGUGUACGCUUAUUAACUUCACCGUUACAAGGGAUGGUCUAGAAGAACAGCUGCUAGGUGAAGUAGUAAAAGAAGAACGUCCAGAUCUAGAAGCACUGCGUUCAGGUCUUACGAAACAGCAGAAUGACUUUAAGAUCACAUUAAAGACUCUAGAAGAUGAUUUACUGAAGCGUUUGUCUUCUGCCGGACCUGACAUUCUUAGUGAUUCGGCGCUUGUCAUAAACUUGGAAACCACGAAGAAAACGGCAGCUGAUAUUGAAAUAAAAGUCGAGGAGGGUAAAGUUACUGCUGUUAAGAUUGAUGAAGCCAGGGAGAGAUAUAGACGAGCUGCGACCCGAGCCUCCCUUCUAUACUUCAUCCUUAACGACCUGUAUAAAAUUAACCCGAUGUACCAGUUCUCUCUGAAGGCUUACAGCGUCGUAUUCAAGGAUGCGUUGAAUAAGGCUGACCCUGCCGAUGACUUGGAAAGCCGAGUCCGCAAUCUAUUAGACAGCAUCACCUUUGCAGUAUUCGUGUACACCAGCCGAGGACUGUUUGAGAGAGAUAAGCUUGUGUUCCUCUUCCUCAUAACGUUACAGGUUUUGCAAGUGGAAGGUAAAGUGGAUGCCAAGGAAUUAGACUUUCUGCUGAAGUACGCAGUGGCGCCUGAGCAGUCACCGUACUCUUGGCUAUCCAACAUCUGCUGGGGCGGUAUCAUCUCCCUCUCCAAGAUGGAUGCCUUCGAAAACCUUGACAAGGAUAUUGAAGGCGCAGCCAAGAGGUGGCAAAAAUACACCGAAGGCGAGGCCCCGGAGAGAGACAAGUUACCAGGUGAAUGGAAAAACAAGACUUCACUGCAGAGACUGUGCAUCAUGAGAGCACUCCGUCCAGACAGAAUGUCCUAUGCGUCUGGAGCAUUUUGUGAAGAAAAUCUUGGUACAAAAUAUGUGGAAGCGCGUACUCCUCCGUUGGAUAAGUCUUUCCAGGAGAGCAAUUCUAGCACAGCCAUGUUCUUUAUUCUGUCGCCUGGUGUCGAUCCCUUGAAGGAUUUAGAAAAGUUAGGACGGAAAAUAGGUUUUUCUACGGACAAGAAGAAUUUCCAUAUCGUGUCGCUAGGACAAGGUCAGGAAGUGGUAGCUGAAGAAGCUAUGAAUGUGGCUUCAGCUCACGGGCACUGGGUCAUCUUACAAAACAUUCACUUGGUAGCGAAGUGGCUCGCUGCGCUGGAGAAGAAAAUGGAGGAGUGCUUCGAGAACCCACUCGCGGAUUACAGGCUGUUAUUGAGCGCAGAGCCAGCCGGAGACCCGCGUUACCAUAUAAUUCCUCAAGGAAUUUUGGAGUCUUCCAUCAAAAUAACGAACGAACCGCCCAUUGGAAUGUGGGCCAACUUGCAUAAGUCUCUAGAUAACUUCAGUCAGGAAACCCUGGAGAUGUGCAGCAAGGAGGCGGAAUUCAAGGCAGUUUUGUUUGCGUUGUGCUACUUCCACGCGGUCGUGGCGGAGAGACGUAAGUUUGGACCACAAGGAUGGAACAGAGUAUAUCCCUUCAAUUUCGGCGACUUAACAAUUUGCGUGUACGUACUGUACAACUAUUUGGAGGCGAACCCUCGCGUACCGUGGGAGGAUCUGCGCUACCUGUUCGGAGAGAUCAUGUACGGAGGGCACAUCACGGACGACUGGGACCGGCGGCUCUGCCGGACUUUCUUACUCGAAUACAUGCAAGCUGAGUUGGUUGACGGUGAACUGCAGCUGGCACCAGGUUUCAUAUCACCGCCUAACUCAGAUUACGUUGGUUACCACGCUUAUAUCGACGACUUCUUACCCGAUGAGACACCUUAUUUGUAUGGUUUGCAUCCUAACGCUGAGAUCGGGUAUCUGACCACUGUUUCUGAAAGAUUGUUCAGGGUGGUGUUCGAAAUGCAACCGCGAGACACGGGAGCAACAGCAGGAGGUGGUACUAGCAAAGAUGAGCAGGUGCGAGCAAUGCUGGACGAUAUCUUGGAUCGAGUGCCUGAAGCGUUUAACUUGGCAGAACUUAUGGGCAAGCUGGAAGAGCUGACUCCGUUCACUAUUGUAGCUUUACAAGAGUGUGAGCGGAUGAAUCGACUCAUGGGAGAAAUUCGAAGGUCAUUGAAAGAACUGGAGUUGGGUCUCAAGGGUGAGCUGACUAUCAGCAGUGACAUGGAAAAUUUGAUGGAGUCCCUGUUCAUGGACAAAGUGCCGGACUCGUGGAGUAACCUAGCGUACCCCAGUCUCCUGGGUUUGGCUGCUUGGUUCUCAGACCUGUGUAUGCGAUUAACUGAACUCGAAAACUGGACUGGUGACUUUAAUUUGCCGCCGGCUGUAUGGCUAGCAGGGUUCUUCAACCCUCAGUCGUUCCUAACGGCUAUCAUGCAGCAGACGGCUCGUAAGAACGAGUGGCCACUCGACAAGAUGUGUUUGAACUGCGACGUCACCAAGAAGUCCAGACAAGACUUCAAUGCCCCGCCUCGCGAAGGCGCCAACAUCCACGGGCUGUACAUGGAGGGCGCGCGCUGGGACACCAUGACGGGCGGCAUCGUGGAGUCACGCAUGAUGGACCUCUUCCCCAUGAUGCCCGUCAUCUAUAUCAAGGCCGUCACGCAGGACAAGCAGGAUACGCGAAACGUUUAUGAGUGUCCCGUCUACAAAAUCCGUAUGCGUGGCCCCACUUUUGUAUGGACCUUCAACUUGAAGACCAGGGACAAGCCAACCCGCUGGACUCUCGCCGGCGUAGCCCUGCUGCUCGGCGUCUAGUCUCACCGGCAUUUUAGAAGCAACAGCUCACACUUUCUAGUCUUGUGCAUUUUUUUUCUUAAUUUAAUUAUUCUGUAAAUGUU